CAGAGGGAAAAUUACCAACUCCAAACAUAAAUGUCCAAUUAAUUCUCAACAUAAAUCAAGUGCCAGCUAUAUUAGGCGAUCUUUCAAACAUCAUUAAUUAUAUUUCAUUCUUUUCCCUUCCCCUAUAUAUACAAACCUCUUUUGCUUCAUUUUCUCAAACCAGAAAACUUACUAUUAUAACAAACUUUUUCUAAGGGCUAAAUUUGUCAUUUGUGCUAAUUAAUCUCAAGAUUUUAAGAUAAUGGUGGCUGAAUUGUUGUCAAGGAUUGCAGCAGGAAAUGGGCAUGGUGAAGAAUCUGCCUAUUUUGAUGGCUGGAAAGCCUAUGAAAAUGACCCUUUUCACCCUGCCACUAAUCCCACUGGUGUGAUUCAGAUGGGUCUUGCUGAAAAUCAGCUAAGCUUUGAUUUGGUGAAAGAGUGGAUUCUGAAAAACCCAGCUGCUUCUAUUUGUACUGUUGAAGGAGUGGAUCACUUCAAAGAUAUUGCCAUCUUUCAGGAUUACCAUGGUUUGCCAGCGUUCAGAAAUGCUGUAGCAAGUUUCAUGGAGAGAGUGAGAGGUUACAAGGUGACAUUCGAUCCUGAUCGCAUAGUUAUGAGUGGUGGAGCUACUGGAGCCCAUGAACUUAUGGCAUUUUGCUUGGCUAACCCUGGUGAAGCUUUCUUGGUUCCUACACCUUACUAUCCUGGAUUUGAUCGAGAUUUGAGGUGGAGAACAGGGGUAGAACUCUUCCCAGUUGAAUGCCAUAGCUCAAAUAACUUCAAAGUAACAAGAAAAUCCUUGGAAGAAGCAUAUGAGAAAGCUAAAGAAGCCAACAUUAAAGUAAAAGGUGUACUUAUAACCAACCCUUCAAACCCACUAGGAACAGUCCUAGACAAAGAUACCUUAAAAAGCAUAUUAUCUUUCAUCACUGAGAAAAACAUUCAUUUAGUAUGUGAUGAGAUAUAUGGUGCAACUGUUUUCGGGUACCCAACUUUUGUUAGCAUAUCAGAGGUCAUGCUCGAACAAGAACACAACCCAGAACUCAUACACAUCGUGUACAGCCUCUCAAAAGACUUGGGUUUCCCCGGGUUUCGGGUCGGGAUAGUGUACUCCUACAACGAUAAGGUUGUAAACGUUGCUAGGAAGAUGUCGAGUUUCGGGCUGGUUUCGACCCAAACCCAGAUGUUAAUAGCCUCGAUGUUGUCUGAUGAGGUGUUUGUUGAGAAAUUCUUGGUCGAAAGUAGUAAAAGGCUUGAAACAAGACACAAUGUUUUCACAUGGGGACUUAGUCAAGUUGGAAUCCAAUGCUUGAAAAGUAAUGCUGGUUUAUUUGUAUGGAUGAAUUUACGUCCAUUGAUUGAGCAAGAUCUAACAAUGGAGGGUGAGUUAGCUUUGUGGAGGGUGAUUAUUAACGACGUCAAGAUUAACGUUUCACCAGGGUGUUCGUUCCAUUGCCAUGAACCAGGGUGGUUCAGGGUUUGUAUUGCUAAUAUGGAUGAUGAAACAAUGCAGGUUGCUUUAAAAAGGAUUAGAACUUUCGCAGCUCAAAAGGUUGCGAAGCCUGUUGGUUCGGCAAAGAGGAAGUGUUGGCAAACUAACCUUCAGCUUAGAUUAUCUUCUAGAAGGUUGGAGGAUUUGAUGGGUGUUUCGCAACUUGGGUCACCACACUCACCUAUGUCUCCUCUGGUUCGAGCUCAGACUUAAUUAGUUAUCUAAUAUACUUACUCAUAAUUAAAUGUGUUAUUUGUAAUAAGACUGAUCGUAAUGUUUAUAGAGAUUAUAUUAUUCAAUUCUCUCUUAUUGUAACUUUGUGUGUAAAAUUAGUUUGUUUGGUUAAAAUUGUAUUGUUGUAAAAUGUAAUGAGCAUUUCUAUCUAGCUACUAAUGAGAGCUAGCUAGAGAUUACAAGAUUGCAAUCCCUAAAGGGAAAAAUUAUGUUCCA